UAGCUCGUUUUGACCCAUGCAUAAGUGUUUUCGUCGCACAACUAAACAAGAAAAAGCAUAAUAAAACAAAUGUGGAUAAAAAAAUACAAAUUAUCAUCAACAACUAAAUAAACAAAACAAGCAAGAAGAAAAAAGCAGGGAGCCGAAAUAAAGGCAUAGGGAUCAUAAAAGGUGUUGGGCGGGAGUCAUCCCACCAAGAAGGUAAACAACAUCUUAGAAGCCAUCCACGCGCACAAUCUUGAAAAACCACAGCGGUAAAGGACAUGUACAUUGAAUAACAGAACAAGAAGAAAGCUAUAAGGAGGAGUUUGUAAGCAAGAUCAGUCAGGAAGGCCAGAAGUGAAGAAGGAAGGCUUAGUGUGCUGCUGGAGGGAUGAGCUUUCGGAAUCAGUCCACUCCAUCAAGACGAUUUCUUUCCGGCCACAGUCCCUUGAUGCAGAUAUCAAUUAACAAAGUACAAAAAAACAUCAAACAGAAAAACUGUGAAAAUAAACUUGACAGUGAUAUUGCUAAUUGCAAGACUGGAGAUAGUGAUGCUAAAGAAAACAUUGAAGACUGCAAAGUACCUGAAGAAACUACUACAUCAAAUGAAGUGAGUGAAGAAUUGUGUAAAAAGGAACAAAAGAAAAAGAUUGACAUAAAGCAGUCAAGGAAAAUUAGAUCAACACCAGUCACGGCAGAAUGUAUUGAUAGAAUGUUAAAUGAGGAGUUUGAUGAUGAAAUUAGUGAGGAUGAAGAAAAUACAGAAAUUACUCAUUCUGAAGUAGACAAAAAGUUGACGAAAAGGAAGAUGAAAAACAGGUCUUUUUCCUCUAGUGACAGUGAUACCAAUGAAAUAAGAAAGAGACCCAGAAUUGAACAUCUGAAAGAAUCUGAUGAACAAAAACAUCAACAGUCUAAUCAUUCUCAAGCUAAAAGGAAAAUGCAUUCUUUAGAAUUGACCUCUGACAGUGAUGCUGAAUCCCCAGCAAAAAAAACUACUCAAGUCACAAACAAAAAAAGAGGAAAUAGAAGUGAUUCUGACAGUGAUUUUAAACCGGCAGCAAACAAAAUGAAAAGGAGGAAUGCUUCUCAAGCUGGGAAGAAAGAGAAAGUGGAGGAAAGUGAUCCAGAUAGUGAUUCCAAACCAGAGAAGGAAAAGAAAGAAGAAAAGAAAGGGACUCAAUUUAAGAAAAGGCAACUACCUCAAGAUUCUGAUAGUGAUGAUGAACCUCUAGUAAAGAAAGUAAGUCAGAUCAAGAAAACAGAUUCAGAUACAAAUGGUUCUGAUGUCCAUAAGAAAAAGAAGAUAACUCAAGUGAAAAAUAAGGCCGAGAAAAGCAGUCCAGGAGAUUCCAAGAGUGAUUCCAAACCAUUGUCAAAUAAAAUGAAACAGAAAAGAAAGAAUGAAUCCUAUGAAAGUGAUUCUGAUUAUGAUCCUCAGCUCCAUCAGAACUCAAAAGUUAGUAACAAAAAAUCAGAAAAGAGCAAUUCUGACAGUGAUGAUGAACCUCUUGCAAAGAUAGCAAGUCAAAGUAAGAAAGUGGAAUCAAAUAGUGGGGAUGCUGACUGGAUUUCUAAACUCCAAGGAAAGAAAAUCUCUGGGAAUAAAAGGAGUAAGGAAUCAGAAGGUAGUGAUUCUGGCAGUGAUGUUGACAAACCUCAAGCAAGGAAAAGAAAACAAGCUAAAAAGAGCAAUUCCAAAGUCAGCAACAAACAUAGCCCAGCCAAAAAAUCAGCAGUUAAAAAGAAGGAAAAAGGAUCAGAUGAAAGUGACUCAGACAGUGACAGUAAACCACUUUUAGCAAAGACAAAAAAAAGGAAGGAAAAAGAACCAAAGGAAAGUGACUCAGAUGGUGACAGCAAAGUCACCAAACGGCUUUCAGCAAAAAAAUCUCCAGUUAAGAAGAGACAAGAAUCAGAUGAAAGUGACUCGGACAGUGACAUUAAACUACUUUCAGCAAAGACUCAAAAAAAGAAGAAAGAAUCAGAUGAAAGUGACUUGGACAGUGAGAGUAAAGACAGCAGAACCCGGUCACCCAAUAAAGGCAGCAGAGCCCUUUCAUCCAAAAAGUCUCCCAUGAAAAAGAAGAAAGAAUCAAGUGAAAGUGACUCAGACAGUGACACUAAACCACUUUCAGUAAAGACUCGACAACAGAAGAAAGAAUCAGAUGAAAGUGACUUGGACAGUGAGAGUAAAGACAGCAGAGCCCUUUCACCCAAAAAGUCUCCCAUGAAAAAGAAGAAAGAAUCAAGUGAAAGUGACUCAGACAGUGACACUAAACCACUUUCAGCAAAGACUCGACAACAGAAGAAAGAAUCAGAUGAAAGUGACUUGGAUAGUGAGAGUGAAGACAGCAGAGCCCUUUCACCCAAAAAGUCUCCCAUGAAAAAGAAGAAAGAAUCAAGUGAAAGUGACUCAGACAGUGACACUAAACCACUUUCAGCAAAGACUCGACAACAGAAAAAAAAAUCAGAUGAAAGUGACUGGGACAGUGAGAGUAAAGACAGCAGAGCCCUUUCACCCAAAAAGUCUCCCAUGAAAAAGAAGGAAAAAGGAUCAGAUGAAAGUGACUCAGACAGUGACAGUAAACCACUUUCAGCAAAGACAAAAAAAAGGAAGGAAAAAGAACCAAAGGAAAGUGACUCAGACGGUGACAGCAAAGUCACCAAACGUCUUUCAGCAAAAAAAUCUCCAGCUAAGAAGAAACAAGAAUCAGAUGAAAGUGACUCAGACAGUGACAGUAAACCACUUUUAGCAAAGACUCAAAAACGGAAGAAGAAAAAAACAAGGGAAAGUGACUUAGAUGGUGACAGGAAAGUCAUCAAACGUCUUUCAGCAAAAAAAUCUCCUGUUAAGAAGAAACAAGAAUCUGAUGAAAGUGACUCAGACAGUGACAUUAAACUACUUUCAGCAAAGACUGAACAAAAGAAUCCCCAGGACUCAGAUGAAAGUGACUUGGACAGUGACAAUAAAGACAGCAGAGUGCCUUCACCCAAAAAGACACCCAGUAAAGGCAGCAGAGCCCUUUCAUCCAAAAAGUUUCCAAUAAAAAAGAAGAAAGAAUCAAGUGAAAGUGACUCAGACAGUGACACUAAACCACUUUCAGCAAAAACUCGACAACAGAAGAAAGAAUCAGAUGAAAGUGACUUGGAUAGUGAGAGUGAAGACAGCAGAGCCCUUUCACCCAAAAAGUCUCCCAUGAAAAAGAAGAAAGAAUCAAGUGAAAGUGACUCAGACAGUGACACUAAACCACUUUCAGCAAAGACUCGACAACAGAAGAAAAAAUCAGAUGAAAGUGACUGGGACAGUGAGAGUAAAGACAGCAGAGCCCUUUCACCCAAAAAGUCUCCCAUGAAAAAGAAGGAAGAAUCAAGUGAAAGUGACUCAGACAGUGACACUAAACCACUUUCAGCAAAGACAAAAAAAAGGAAGGAAAAAGAACCAAAGGAAAGUGACUCAGACGGUGACAGCAAAGUCACCAAACGUCUUUCAGCAAAAAAAUCUCCAGCUAAGAAGAAACAAGAAUCAGAUGAAAGUGACUCAGACAGUGACAGUAAACCACUUUUAGCAAAGACUCAAAAACGGAAGAAGAAAAAAACAAGGGAAAGUGACUUAGAUGGUGACAGGAAAGUCACCAAACGUCUUUCAGCAAAAAAAUCUCCUCUUAAGAAGAAACAAGAAUCUGAUGAAAGUGACUCAGACAGUGACAUUAAACUACUUUCAGCAAAGACUGAACAAAAGAAUCCCCAGGACUCAGAUGAAAGUGACUUGGACAGUGACAAUAAAGACAGCAGAGCGCCUUCACCCAAAAAGACACCCAAUAAAGGCAGCAGAGCCCUUUCAUCCAAAAAGUCUCCCAUAAAAAAGAAGAAAGAAUCAAGUGAAAGUGACUCAGACAGUGACACUAAACCACUUUCAGCAAAGACUCGACAACAGAAGAAAGAAUCAGAUGAAAGUGACUUGGAUAGUGAGAGUGAAGACAGCAGAGCCCUUUCACCCAAAAAGUCUCCCAUGAAAAAGAAGAAAGAAUCAAGUGAAAGUGACUCAGACAGUGACACUAAACCACUUUCAGCAAAGACUCGACAACAGAAGAAACAAGAACCAGAUGAAAGUGAUUCAGACAGUGAUUCAGAGCCCCUUGCAAAGAAGAAAGCAAGAACAAAGUUAAGCAGCAAUAAAGGUAAUCCCUCGGCAAAGAAGGCAUCACAUUCUCAGCCAAAGAAGGAUUCAGAGAGUAACAUCAGUUCAGAUACAGACUCAGAAUCACAGGAAGAGGAAAAGGUUAUUAAGAGCACCAAGAAAAAGGCAGGGAAAGACAGUGGUGAUGGAAAACAAAAAGUAGCCCCGUCAAAGUCCAAAUCAUCAUCAGUCAAGAACAAAAAGGAAGGAAAUACUAGUUCAGGCAUCGACACUUCCCUCAGCUCUGAUAAUGAAGAGAUCUUGAGUGAAUCCAGCAGCAUGGCACAGGAAGGAAGGAAGAAAACAUCCACAUCAACAAAGAGUGGCAAGGAGAAGGAUCCACUUGCCACACUGAAGAAGUACCUGGUGCUCAUGGGUCUGAGAUACUGGUGGUUAGACUCUGCACUGAAAAGGUGUUCGAGCAUCAAGAGUAAGAAGGCUCGUCUGCUGGAAAUGAUGGAGGAAAAUGGUCUGAAAGGGAGGCCCACCAUUGCAAAGUGUAAGAAAGCAAGGGCCAGGCGAGAGCAGAAACAAGAACUUGAGGAUCUGGACAUGAACAACAUCAUCACUGGAUCUGGACGAGGGCGACGCAAUGCCUACAGUCUGUAUGCCAGGCAUGAGGAGGUGCCCAAGGAAACCCUCCAGUCACCAGCAAAACCCUCCAGGGUGAAGCCUAUCUCAGAGUCUGAUUCAGAGUCUAGUGCAGAUUCUGGUUCAGACUGAGCUAGUAGUGGAAAACCUGUCUCUUUAUAUUUAAAACCAGAGAAAAUAUUGAUGUUUUCAUGUUUAGAAUUGAUAGUUUUUACUAUAAUUAAGGCAAGUUUUGUAUACAUAUUAUUUUUUUAUGUGAUUUUGCAAGUGAAUUUAUCAUGAAACUAGUGGCACAGUCUUAAUAGUUUUAUAAAAUAGUGAUGUUUAGUUACAUCUGUCUAUUUUUGCCUGUCCCUAGCACUGAUGAUCACUGCAGAAGUCCUUUGCCACUAUCCUCAGAUUUCGCCCUUACAUACUUGAGUUCACUCACCCUUAGAAUUUAUGAAAUAGUUCACUAUUUUGUGUUGAGUGAAUGCAGUGGAUGCGAAAGGAGGAGGUUAAACUGGACAUAAUUCUGGAAUAUCUGAGAGAGGAGAGAUAUGGAAGGUUGAAGGAGAAGGAGUGUGCAAGACUACAGUAUGGACAGGGACAACUAGGGACUUCUGUUAUGGUUACACAUUUGAGGAAGUUAAAGGAAUAGGCAUCACAGUAGAUGACAUUAGACAGAUUUCCCUUUUACUGUUGAGUUUUAGUUAUUACAGCCAUACUGAUAGUGUAAUGACUACAUUUUUGAUUUGUUAACAUAGACAUACAGUUAUUUCACAUGAUGUUAAUAUUGAUGCAAAUUACCAUUCUUGUGAAUUUGAAGCUAUUGUGUGUGUGUGUGUGUGUGUGUGUGUGUGUGUGUGUGUGUGUGUGUGUGUGUGUGUGUGUGUGUGUGUGUGUGUGUGUGUGUGUAUAUAUAAUUGUAAUUUACAGGGCCUUCUGAGCUACACUCGCCUCCAUAUGUACACAUGUCCAGUUUUUCCAUAAAGUUGUGCACUCAUUUCUGAUAUUACAUCCUCUCUUGGCUUUUUCCAUACUUCUCUAUCUCUCUGUGGGAAAGUAUGUUUCUAUAUGUUAUUCAAGCAUCUUCCUUUCCCUAGUUUUUUUUUUGCUGUGACCUUGUGUUUCUGGUAUUUUCUACUCUUAGCAGCAGUUUCUCACUAUCAAUUUCUUCCACUCCGUUCCACAAUUUUUAUAUCAGUAUUAAAUCUCACCUUUCUCUUCUUUGUUCCAGUGUUGGUUAGUUAAUUCUUUCAGUUCUGGAGCCAUCUUCUUUGCUAUCCUUGGUUACCUUUUUCUCUCUCUCUCUCUCUCUCUCUCUCUCUCUCUCUCUCUCUCUCUCUCUCUCUCUCUCUCUCUCUCUCUCUCUCUCUCUCUCUCUCUCUCUCUCUCUCUCUCUCUCUCUCUCUCUCUCUCUCCUUGUGGGCAGACCACACUGAUUCAGUAUAUUCCAGGUUUGGUCUAAUCAUAGUGGUAAUUAUCUUUCUCAUCAUAUCUUUAUCCAUGUAGUGGAAUGUUGUUCUAGUAUUUCUCACCAUUCUAUAUGUAUCUGAAUAUCUUUUCUAGAUGCUUCUCCAACUGUUGACUAUCCUGUAUUAUUGCUCCCACAUCUUUCUCAUCUUGUACUUUUAUUAUUUCUUUAUUUUCCAUUUUAUAUGUCCAUUUUGGUUUCUUUCCACUUUUUUUCCUAUUUCCAGUAAAUGACAUUUUUUUUCAUGUUAAAUUCCAUCUCCUAUUUCUUACUCCAGUCCCAGAUUUUUUUCAAAUCCUCUUGUAGAAUUUUAGUCUUUGUUGUUUCUCAUGUCUGCAAUUUUGUAUCAUCUGCAAGCUCGUGUAACUCUUUACUCAUUCAGGCAUAGUAUGUGUGUGUGUGUGUGUGUGUGUGUGUGUGUGUGUGUGUGUGUGUGUGUGUGUGUGUGUGUCAUUUCUUUUAGACUCGACUAUAAAUGUAUACUAUUUAGUUUUCUCUGUUCUAAGUCUCUCCGUCACAUUUUGUACAGGGUGAUGACAAAAGUAAAAUUUCAGUACAAAAAUAAAUCUUUAUUUGUUAAACAUCUGACAA